AUGAAACCAUCUAUUAACACGAAAUCGUCCGAAAUUCAAGCGGUCGAGGGAAGGAAAAUCUCCCUGCCCUGUCCACUGUCAGCGCCUUCCCGCGACAAGGUCUACAUGGUGUUCUGGUUCAAAGACGAUGCCGGAAUCCCUCUCUACAGCUUUGACGUCCGUGGGAAACCUCUUCAGCAAGCACGUCACUGGUCAGCGCCGGAAAGUUUUGGUCCUCGAGCGCAUUUCAACACCGAUACGGACCCAGCGACGUUGGAUAUUCAGGAUGUUCGGCGACAUGACGAGGGUGUCUACCGGUGUCGAGUUGACUUUCGGACCAGUCAAACGCAGAGCUUUCGAUACAAUCUCAGCAUCAUCAUUCUUCCGGAACAUCCGGUUGUGCUCAACCAGUGGGGCCAGCAGCUGAACAGCUCCAAACUGGGACCGAAGGAGGAAGGCGACGACGUCGUGCUGACCUGUCGAGUUGUGGGAGGACGCCCUCAGCCAUCGGUCAAGUGGCUCAUCAACGGCAUCCUGGUGGAUGAGCAGUACGAACACAAUUCCGGGGAUGUAAUCGAAAAUCGAUUGCUCUGGCCGGCCAUUCAGCGGGGGGACCUGAACUCCGUAUUCACCUGCCAGACCAGCAACACCCUGCUGGCCGAACCGAAGGAGAGCAGCUACGUGUUGGAUCUGCACCUGAAACCGUUGAGUGUGAAAAUAGUAAAUCCCCCAACUCCGCUGGUGGCCGACAGACGGUACGAGAUUUCCUGCGAAAGUGUCGGAUCGAAGCCGAACGCGAUCAUUACCUGGUACAAAGGGAAGCGGCAGCUGCGGAGAACGAAGGAGGAAACUUUGAACAACACGACGCGUUCUGAGCUGAGCUUCGUUCCAACAACGGAGGACGAUGGCAAGCUGAUAACUUGUCGAGCGGAAAAUCCCAACGUUACCGGCCUGUUCCUCGAAACAUCCUGGAAGAUAGAGGUCGUUUAUCCUCCGAUCGUUUCGCUGCACCUCGGUUCGACACUCUCGGCGGACGACAUCAAGGACGGAGACGAUGUGUACUUCGAGUGUCACGUCCAAGCGAACCCUCCGUGGAGGAAAUUACACUGGCUACACGACGGUGUGCUAAUCACCCACAAUGCGUCCGCAAGAGUCAUCCGGUCCAACCAGAGCCUGGUGCUGCAGAAGGUAAACCGUAACUCGUCCGGAAAUUACUCGUGUAGCGCAAUUAACGCCGAGGGCGAAACGGUUAGCAAUCAUCUGGUGCUGCGAAUCAAGUAUGCACCCAUGUGCGCCACCGACAAAAUAAUCAUCGUCGGGGCAUUUCGCAGCGAAUCGCUGCACAUUCCCUGCGAGGUCCAUGCCGAUCCGCCCCCGCGGCAGUUCAACUGGAAAUUCAACAACUCAGGCGAAACCCUCGAAAUCGGCAAAGAACGGUUCGCGAAAAACGGGUCAAUGAGCAUCCUGAGCUACACGCCGGUUUCGGAUCAGGACUACGGUACCCUGACCUGCUGGGGACAGAACGAGGUGGGCCAGCAGCAGUGGCCCUGCUUCUACCAGGUCGUCCUGGCCGGUUUGCCUUCACCGGUGAAAAAUUGCUCGAUAAACAAUCAGACCCAGAACUCGGUGGAAGUGCAGUGUUUGGCCGGAUACGAUGGAGGGCUGCCGCAGAUUUUCACACUCGAGCUGGUUUCGAGCAGGACGGGAAGAUUGAGAUACAACAUUACAAAUCCUGAUGAGCCCUACUUCGUCCUCGAUGCUUUGGAUACGCUGAUACACUACAGCGGAAUUUACGACGAUUUGGGUGACGAAAAUGCCUUCAAGGCCGUAAUCUAUGCCGUCAAUCAGAAAGGCCGCAGUCAAGGGAUUGUCGUUAAAGAUUUCUACCUUGAGCCCACGGUGACUGAAAAUCGAGCAGUCAUAACCAGCAGCUCACUGGACAGUAUUUCACCGAUCCUGUUCGGGAUCCUGCUGACGCUACUGGUGCUCUGUUUCGUUAUUUUUGUGCGAGUUUACUACAUCAAGGUGACGACAACCUCAACCAUAACGAAUGUAAGCAGUGAUCUGGUGAAGCACCACAAUUCCAAAGAUUCGUCAAAGAAGAACAACACCAAGCAGAGCCCGAGAUGGCAGCACGGAGCCGGAUGUGGUGCAGGUGGUGGCCCGGGAGGAACCGGAACUGGAGCAGCAAACGGAGGCGGACCCGGAACCCAUGACCGGCAUGGCCAAUCGAUGGACGGCAAGGGCGGCAAAGAUCCCCGGAACGAUUCGGGUGACGAUGACAGGGGCGAUCCGGACGUGAUUCCGGCACAGUUCGUAGCGAACGAUGGCGAAGAUUCCAGUCUACAUUCGACGAAAUGGACGAAUGGAGGUUUUGUAAGUAUCUGA